CUGGGGAGAAAAGGCGGGGGGGGUGGUGUCCCCGGCCGGUUUGGGGGGUGCGUUGCCCGGAGACGGAAAGUUUGGGAGCCGGAGCAGCCUCCGCCGCAGCCCUGGGAAGGGGUUCCAGGGGGCGGCGGCCCUGGGGAUGGGGAAGGAGCAGGAGCUGCUGGAGGCGGCCCGCACCGGGCACCUCCCGGCGGUGGAGAAGCUGCUGUCCGGGAAGCGGCUCUCCUCAGGCUUCGGGGGCGGCGGCGGCGGCGGCUCCUCCGGGAGCAGCGGCGGCGGUGGCGGCGGCCUGGGGUCCUCGAGCCAUCCCCUUUCCAGUCUGCUCAGCAUCUGGAGAGGACCAAAUGUGAACUGUGUUGACAGCACUGGGUAUACACCUCUACACCAUGCUGCUUUGAAUGGCCAUAAGGAUGUGGUUGAGGUUCUUCUGAGGAACGAUGCAUUGACCAAUGUGGCUGAUUCCAAAGGCUGUUACCCUCUGCACUUGGCAGCCUGGAAAGGAGAUGCCCAGAUAGUGCGGUUGCUCAUCCAUCAAGGGCCCUCACACACCAGAGUCAACGAACAGAACAACGACAACGAGACAGCCCUGCACUGCGCCGCGCAGUACGGCCACACGGAGGUGGUGAAGGUCCUCUUGGAGGAGCUGACGGACCCCACCAUGCGCAACAACAAAUUCGAGACCCCUCUGGACCUGGCUGCACUAUAUGGGAGACUGGAGGUGGUGAAGAUGCUCCUCAAUGCACACCCCAACCUCCUGAGCUGCAACACUAAGAAGCACACCCCCCUGCACUUGGCAGCGCGGAACGGCCACAAAGCUGUGGUGCAGGUCCUGCUGGACGCCGGCAUGGACAGCAACUACCAGACGGAGAAGGGCAGUGCUUUGCAUGAGGCUGCUCUGUUUGGCAAGACUGAUGUGGUGCAAAUCCUGCUGGCUGCAGGAAUUGAUGUCAACAUAAAAGAUAACCGUGGCCUGACUGCCCUAGACACUGUCCGGGAACUGCCUUCUCAAAAGAGCCAGCAGAUAGCAGCGCUUAUUGAAGAUCACAUGACUGGAAAAAGAAGUGCAAAAGAAGCCGAUAAAACCCCCACUUCCCAGGGACCUCUCAUCUCCAAUAUGGACUCCAUAUCCCAGAAGUCUCAGGGUGACGUGGAGAAAGCAGUGACUGAACUGAUCAUUGAUUUUGACACCAAUGCUGAAGAGGAGGGUCCCUACGAGGCGUUGUAUAAUGCUGUCUCCUGCCAUUCGUUGGACAGCAUGGCCAGUGGGCGAUCGUCUGACCGAGACUCCAUGAACAAGGAGGCCGAGGCAGCAGGAGUGAAGGCUGCUGGAGUGAGGCCUAGGGAACGUCCACCGCCUCCAGCAAAGCCACCACCCGAUGAAGAGGAGGAAGACCACAUAGAUAAGAAGUAUUUUCCCUUGACAGCUUCUGAGGUCUUGGCCAUGAGACCCUGGAUUCAGGGAAGUGCAGCCAGGGAAGAGGAGGAGCAUCCUUAUGAGCUGUUGUUAACAGCAGAAACAAAGAAGCUGGGAUCCAUGGACGGGGAUGGAAAACCAAAAGACCACAGGCGGGGCAGCAGCAGCCGGAGCCAGGACUCUGCGGAGGGGCAGGACGGGCAGGUCCCAGAGCAGUUCUCCGGUCUCCUCCACGGCUCCUCCCCGGUGUGUGAGGUGGGGCAGGACCCUUUCCAGCUGCUCUCUGCCACUGGCCAGAGCCUUCCAGAAGGGUCCCCCGCACAGGGCGCCUGUCACGAGGCCAGCAUGCAGCUGGAGGAGACGGCUGUGCGCGCUCCUGGAGCCUCCCCGCCCAGUGUCCUGGACCAGAGUAAGAGAGCGGGUUACCCGGCUGGCCUGCCCACCACCAACAGCCAAUCGCACCCCGAAACUUUGACUCACACAGCAUCUCAACACCCUGGUGGUGCCGAGGAAGAAAGAGACCGGAGUGGGGCUAGGAGCCGAGCCCCUCCCACCAGCAAACCCAAAGCUGAACUCAAACUCAGCCGCAGCUUGUCCAAGUCUGACUCUGAUCUCCUGACCUGCUCACCCACGGACGACACUACAAUGGGGAGCCGGAGCGAGUCCUUGUCCAACUGCAGCAUCGGAAAGAAGAGGCUGGAGAAGUCGCCCUCCUUUGCCUCGGAGUGGGAUGAGAUUGAGAAAAUCAUGAGCUCUAUUGGCGAAGGGAUUGACUUUUCUCAGGAACGGCAGAAGAUCUCAGGUUCGCGGACGCUGGAGCAGAGCGUAGGGGAGUGGCUGGAGGCGGUGGGGCUGCAGCAGUAUGAGAGCAAGUUGCUUCUGAAUGGCUUUGACGAUGUCCGCUUCCUGGGGUCUAACGUGAUGGAAGAGCAAGACCUGCGAGAGAUCGGCAUCAGUGACCCACAGCACCGGCGGAAGCUGCUGCAGGCGGCGCGGUCCCUGCCCAAGGUGAAAGCUCUGGGCUAUGACGGCAACAGCCCCCCAUCAGUGCCCUCCUGGCUGGACUCCCUGGGGCUGCAGGACUACGUGCAUUCCUUCCUGUCCAGUGGCUACAGCUCUAUUGACACUGUGAAGAACCUCUGGGAACUGGAGCUUGUCAACGUCCUGAAGGUCCAUCUCCUCGGCCAUCGCAAGCGCAUCAUUGCCUCCCUCGCAGACAGGCCCUACGAGGAGCCGCCUCAGAAGCCCCCACGGUUUUCCCAGCUGAGAUGCCAAGACUUGCUCUCCCAGACAUCGUCCCCGCUGAGCCAGAACGACUCCUGCACCAGCCGCUCCGCUGACCUGCUGCUGCCUCCUGGGGACACGGGCAGGAGGCGGCACGACAGUCUUCAUGACCCUGCGGCACCUUCUCGAGCGGAGCGCUUCAGAAUCCAGGAAGAGCAGCGCGAAGCCAGACUGACCCUCCGGCCCCCUAGCCUGGCUGCUCCCUAUGCCCCGGUGCAGAGCUGGCAACACCAGCCAGAGAAGCUCAUCUUCGAGUCCUGCGGUUACGAAGCCAACUAUCUGGGCUCCAUGUUGAUCAAAGAUCUUCGAGGGACAGAAUCCACACAGGACGCCUGUGCCAAGAUGCGGAAAUCCACCGAGCACAUGAAGAAGAUCCCCACUAUCAUCCUGUCUAUCACAUACAAAGGUGUCAAGUUCAUCGAUGCCUCCAACAAGAACGUCAUUGCAGAGCACGAAAUCCGGAACAUUUCCUGUGCGGCCCAGGACCCAGAGGACCUCUGCACCUUUGCCUACAUCACCAAGGACCUGCAGACCAGCCACCACUAUUGCCAUGUGUUCAGCACGGUGGAUGUGAAUCUGACCUACGAGAUCAUCCUGACGCUGGGGCAGGCGUUCGAGGUGGCCUAUCAGCUGGCCCUGCAGGCCCAAAAGUCCCGGCCCCUGGGGGCCUCCGCCGCCGAGAUGAUCGAAACGAAAUCUUCCAAACCGGUGCCUAAGCCUCGGGUCGGCACGAGGAAGUCAGCACUGGACCCACCCGAUACAGACCCAGAUGCCCAGUCCCACGCCAGCGUCUCCUGGGUGGUGGACCCUAAACCAGACUCUAAGCGGAGCCUCAGCACCAAGUAUGAGACCACUAUCUUCUAACCGCUCACUCCCUGUCUCCACUAGUCUCACUGUGCCUUGCCAUCCGACCUCUGCUCUUCUCAGCUCUCCUUCCGGCUGCUGACGCCAAGGCCCCGGCCCCGGGGGGGGCCCUGCUCUCCCCCCCGCCCCCCGCCCGGCCCGGCAGCAGCUCUAGACACCACACGCACAGCUUGUACCCAACAUCACCGGACACUGUGAAGUCCCCGCCUCGGGCGAGGACAGCUUGGCGGGGGAGGGGGGUGAGUCGCCUUUGAGGUGGGCACCAGGAAG